ACGGAUGCGAGGUGCUCCAAACAAGCAAAAAAAAAAACUGUUAAACAAAGCCAAGUAAUAAUUAAGUUCACUAAAUAACGCACGUUUACUUAGCUCUCCUUUCCCUCGCCAACCCACCUACCCACCCCGCCGCUCCCUAGCCCCACAACCCAACGAAUCAACAAAUAACAAAUCAAAAACACUAACCCCUAAAAAUCAGCCAUCAAACCGGAAGUGUGCACGCGGUGUUUGUAAUAUCGAACUAAAUAGCACUGUAGUGGUGCAGUAAAAAUCAAAACAAACCAACUGAAUUUUCUAUAGUCCUACAACACGCCCCCUCCCCCCCACCCCUAUUCAAAACUGUCAUUUUCGCCACAAGCUGGAAACCACACUACUCACACUGUCUUCUUCGCGCGUUCUCUUUCGCUCUCUCUUUAUUUCUCUCUCUUUCUCUCUUUCUUUCUUAUCCAUCAUACUCUCUUUCUCACUACAUGUCACUCUAUCUCUUUGUCACUGUAUUUGUACGUAUCACUUUCUUUUUCAAUGUUUGUGAUAUCUCCUGUUCAACUUUACCCAAACAAACAAACAUAAAACUCAUUCUUGCACGAACAAUUGUCUGGAAAAACAAAAACAACAACAAAACAACUAUUGCAACUACAACAAAUACUACUAAAAACGUAUAAACCCAAAACCAAAAACUUCAAUAAUCGUUGCUUUGGCAAACAAACAAAAAAUCCUCAUUUAACAAACUUCCCUAAAUCAAUAUCAACAAACAACCAACAACCAAAACAAACCAAAAACCAACCGAAUAAACGUAAAAAAAUCAACUGCCCCUUUCCUUCCCACGCUUCUCUUCUGUCGCCACUGUGCCCCGGGCUGUUACCACUGAACAUCAGCCGUGUAAAGGCAGAACGAGCCGGCCUCGGCGGAACGGCUUACCACCCUCACCAGCACCGGGCCCGCCAACAGCGAACAGGCGCGCGCCCGCCCCGACCCUAGCGCCCGCGUUCGCUAGCACACCGAACCACCAGCACCACCAGCGCCACGACCGGUAGCGCGACCGGUCCACGACCAUGGAUGUGAUGCAGGCAGUGACGGUGCCGGUGCUGUUGCUGCUCGCAAUCUCACCGUUCGCGGCGACAGUCACCACAGCGUGCGCACCGGAGCGUUCGUACCGCACUACCAUCUUUACCCCUGCACAGCCUGCCACGAUCGGGCUGGCAAUAUCACCACCGCUACCAUCACCUACCGGCCAUGUGCUCGGCUCGCUCGUGACGGUCGUUACGGCGUCGAUCGGUGCGCUCGUCGCUCUGCUGUACUGUGCCCGUGGCCCAAGCGGUCUGCAGACGCGGCUGUCCUCGAUCAUCGGUGCCGUGUCGGGACUGGCGCCGGUCGCCGCCAGUCGGUGCAGCAGUAGCGCCGUCGGCUGUGCUGGCACCCACACGGCCACUGCUGUAGUACUGCUGUCGGUGCGGCAGCUACUACCACUCAUACUAGGAAUUGCCGCCAUGUUGCCUGUGAUUGACGCCGGAUACCACGAGAAACGGUUGCUGCACCAUCUGCUGGACAACUACAACGUGCUCGAGCGGCCCGUCGUCAACGAGUCGGACCCGCUGCAGCUCAGCUUCGGGCUGACUUUGAUGCAAAUUAUUGACGUGGACGAAAAAAAUCAGCUCCUAAUCACAAACAUUUGGUUGAAAUUGGAGUGGAACGACAUGAACGUCAGAUGGAACUCGUCCGAGUAUGGCGGGGUGCGCGAUUUGCGGAUACCACCACAUCGUCUCUGGAAACCGGACGUCCUAAUGUACAACAGUGCCGACGAAGGGUUCGACGGAACGUACCCGACCAACGUGGUCGUGCGCAACAACGGGUCCUGUCUCUACGUACCGCCAGGAAUUUUCAAAUCCACCUGCAAGAUUGACAUCACCUGGUUUCCGUUCGAUGAUCAGCGCUGCGAAAUGAAGUUCGGCUCGUGGACGUACGACGGCUUCCAGCUCGAUCUCCAGCUGCAGGACGAGUCUGGGGGAGACAUUAGCAGCUUCAUCACCAAUGGCGAAUGGGAGCUGCUAGGCGUGCCUGGGAAGCGGAACGAGAUAUACUACAACUGCUGUCCGGAACCGUACAUCGACAUUACUUUCGCGAUACUGAUCCGCCGCAAAACGCUCUACUACUUCUUCAACCUGAUCGUGCCGUGCGUGCUGAUCGCGUCGAUGGCGCUGCUCGGUUUCACGCUGCCGCCUGACUCCGGGGAAAAGCUUUCGCUCGGUGUCACGAUUCUGCUAUCACUCACAGUCUUCCUAAACAUGGUCGCCGAGACGAUGCCGGCUACAUCAGACGCAGUGCCUCUUCUAGGAACCUACUUCAAUUGCAUCAUGUUCAUGGUAGCCUCGUCGGUUGUGUCAACGAUCUUGAUCCUGAACUAUCACCACCGUAACUCCGACACGCACGAAAUGUCCGAAUGGAUUCGCGUAGUGUUCCUGAUCUGGUUACCGUUCAUCCUGCGAAUGAGCCGACCGGGCGAACCAUACCCGCACCCGUGCCGUCCGACAGUGGACGAAAAGAAUAAGCAGCUGCAGGAGGUGGAGAUGCGUGAACGGUCCUCCAAGUCACUGCUGGCCAACGUACUGGACAUCGACGACGACUUCCGAUGCAACCACCGGUGCAACACGCUUCCACAUAACCCCACCUACUACCGGACCGUGUACCGUCAGGGUGAGGAUGGCAGUGUCGGGCCGAUCGGGGCUACCGAUACGAUCGGGCGCUCGGCCGGCCUCGGCACGAUCAGUGCCGGCGGGGGCCGCCUGCACGAAACUGUUUCCUCGCACACCUGUCUCAGCUCGUCCGCAGAGUACGAGCUCGCACUUAUACUGAAGGAGCUUCGCUACAUUACCGAUCAGCUCCGCAAGGAGGACGAGACUGGCGAGGUCACGCGCGAAUGGAAGUUCGCCGCCAUGGUAGUCGAUCGUCUGUGCCUUAUCAUAUUCACCCUGUUCACGAUCAUCGCCACACUGGCUGUUCUGUUCUCUGCGCCGCACUUUAUCGUUUCAUAACAACCAUCAGCACGGCGGCACACCGGCACACACGGUCACGGUCAGGAUCGUACCACAACCACAACCACCACCAUCAAUACCCUUUCUUCCGGCUCUACUCUCACCACCACCACCAUCACCGGCACACGCGAACAGCACGACGGGACGGCACAGGACGACGGUUGCAAUGGUUUCGCGUACGAGCUGCAGAGCUGCUUACUGCCCCCGCUCCUGCUGCUGCUCGUGGUGGCCGGCGGCGUGCUGGUCGCCUGGCUCGCCCGCAAUCGGCACACGCUCGCAUACGGUCUCGCCCAGCUGGUAGCGGUCGCUGACUACCGUCUGCGGCGGUAUGUGUACAUUUUCGUGAAGAAUUUUAAGCUAAUCAGUGACGCAUAGAACGCACAAACGGCCUGAGAAACAAGAUUGUGACCGGGUCAAACAGGUCCGGGAAUACUGAUUGACAGAGAGGGGAGAGGGAAAGAGCAGGAGGGUUGGGGAAUGGAAUGGAAAGGAUUAUCAGGGCGGCCUCGCAGUCUUAUGAAGAGACGAGACUCACCGGAGCGCAACCACCACUCUGCACUAGGACGAAUGUAUGUAUAUGCGCAGAGUUCUUUUUAUAUCAAAAAACCUAUCGCUAUCAAACAGGAAAGCAACAAAAAAAGCAUAAUAACGUACACAUAUAGACACAGUAAGCAGUUAAGAAGAAAAAACUGAUCCUCCAGGCAGCAAUACGACGACCGGGACAGAGAAAUGCUUAAGCGACAGCACACAACGCGCACACAAUCUCACACCGACACGGAGGGAUUUUGUUCUGAUACCAAGAUCCUAGGCAACAGAGAAAUAAAACGAGAAAGCAAGACAGAAGCAAUGAAAAGCACAGCUGUGAAUAAACCAUGCCUCCCAUGGCCACAGUGAAACCGCAGGACAAAAAACUGACCGGUACGAAGAAAUAAAGAGUACCAGAGUACCUUAAAGAGUACCAGAACUACCGUCAUAAAAAUCUUCUCGUGCUACUAAUACUACUGUUCAUACACAAUACUACUACUACUACUACCACUACUACUAUUACUACUACUACUACUACUACUACUAUUACUACUACUACGUCAACUACUUAUAAUACUAUGAAAUGAGUGAAAUGAAGGGUAACAGGCGUAAGAGCAAACCACGAGCAAACUACUAAAUGCUUCUACUAGUGUUGUGUCGUGAGCGAAAGAGCUACCUCGAUCACUCCGCGCACCUAAAAGAGCGCGCACAGUACGUACUCUGUGCGAAAAAUCUGGUAGCUCCAUACUGAGCGGUGUGUGGGGUGAGCGGUGUGCCAAAUCUGCCCGAUUCAGCGGCAGUGAGCAGUGUUUUUACUCGAACGAGUAGACGAUGGUUUGUGCACAGUAGUGUGCGAUAAAUCGUACAAACGAAUCACAUACAUCCUUCUCUCUACGCUCUCUGCGGAGCCAGCACGCGCUCACCGCUCAGUUUGAUGAGCGCGAGCGCUUCGCUCCGCUCACUCAUAAGAGCUACUUGACCCAACACUAGCUGCUACUAAUUGCCAAACUACUAUGAUUAACAUGAUUCUACCGAUAAUGGCGCAACCCAUGUGCAGGCUGUGCUUAAUUGAUCCUAGGAGAAGACCGCAUUCACAGAGACAGAGAGAAAUAGAGAGAAAGUGAGAGAAUGUGAAAGAGAGAUACAUAAAAUGCUAGAAAAGGAACGCUAAAAACGAAUGGAAGCUAAUCGAAGUCCAGGAUAGUGUCGCUAGUGAUUCGUACGUAAUCAAAACGAAAGUCAGCAAAAACACCAUAAAAUCAGCAUUUCCAGUAUAUGCCAAUAGUAGCCGCGUAGGGCCUGAGUUUUCAGUUGCACCCACUCAUAGAUACUCCAACCAGACAAUUUCGGCAGCUUGCGUGGGGCUUCUUCUAGUUCUUCUACGUGUACUAGUUGGUUCAUCCUAGUUUCAAAUGGUCGCUUCGCGCUCAGAAAAUAUAGGUUAGCUUUAGCAAACGGUUAUUUUAACGCACGCGCACGCGAUGCAACGGUAAAGUGAUGCUAGUUGAAGUACAGGGUGCAAGGUUUGUGACAGUAGUGAGAGGCCUUAGUUUGUUUUUCCACCUUGUGUGUUAAGAAAAGUAUCUUACUUGUUUUUACCGUUCCUGUUAAACGUUCUUGUACAACUUGUUCAAGUCAACAUUACAAUCACAUCCCACUUAUCUAAACUAUUUACUAUAGUACCAUCAUCCCCUUGAUUGUUUGACACGGGAUGCUGUUUAGCUCCGUGCAUGAGUUAGCAAUCAUGCUGGGUAUCUUAGAGAAGCUCAAACAGAAACCGCCGUUUUGUUUGUUGGUUGCGAUCCGAAUAUAUAAAGUGAUACAGAACAAAAGACCUCCAAAAUAUCCAAUAUUCCAAACAUGCAGGCUGGCUUACUGUGAUCCUGGUGAAAAUUAGUUCAUGAAAGCUGUUGAUAAAAAGAAUAAGCCAGAUUAAGACAGGAAUUCGCAUCUUGAACUCAACGCAAUGAUAGUACUGUUCUGUUGUUGUUCUUUGUAGGAUGUGGCGCCAAUAGAUAGUGGAUCUUCAUCUAGCUACUGAAGUGCUGAAGUACUAGAGUGCUUGAGAAACGUCAGAAGUGAAUGAUAGCUCACUUGGUAAACGGGUACGGGUGAGUGAUAAAAGACAAAGUAUUUGACUUGCUAAAGUAGCAAGGAAUCAAAAGGCAGGCAAAGCGAGACAAAUCAUAUUCCAAGUGGCAAAUCAUGAUUGGUUAACUGAAUUAGGCCACUAGAGCCUAGAUCAGUAGAAUUGUAGAUGAAAGCCUACGAUGGCUUCCCCGACGUAUUUGGCGCAACACAUUUCACAAACGAACACUGGCGUAAAAGUAUGCGCGUGGGAAGGUGAGGCUCACCCUGUCGAGGCACCUUUCUUCCGCAACACUACUACACAAAAACAAAUGUUCGACCGUUUUACAGUGCCUAGAAACUACGCAUUGCUUUCACAGCGAUUCGAGUUAUAACUUCUGCCAGCAACUAUCUCGUGUGCAGCUCGAUUCGUUUUGCGUUAUGGUUGCGUUAAGGCGUAAGAGUUGGUUGGUGGUUUUUCUCUCAUUUUUUUUCUUUACAUUGGCUGGAUUUUUUAGGCGUUAGGCGUUAGAGAAAAUUAAAGUUGUAGCAAAAUAAAAAAAAAGCUAGUCAAGUAAUGUGAGACAUUUUUGGUCUACCAUCAACGUAGCAACGUUAAACGGUGAUGUGGUGUGUGUAUGUGUGUGUGAGUGUGAUAUAGAUGUGAAGAUGACUACCAGAAAAGAAAACACACCCACACACACAAACACAAGCUCGUAGCUCAAUUUCGAUACUGGUAGCGUUACACGGAACGUUACGUCAAAAGCCCCGCGUUUGCACGUUUUAUGUAGUUGUUAGUAAACUAAUUUUGUUAAUAUGUCGCUCAAGAGCAUAAUAUAGUAGACACAAUUGGAAGCUCCUUUUCACGCCUGUUGUGUGUGUUUGUGUGUGAUAAGGGAUUGUCAAACAAAAGUGAAAAGAAAAGUGAUUGAAAAUGGGGAGAAAAGCUAAUAAGUAAAAGUCAGACAAGGAAUGGCAAAAUGAUGACUUGAACAACAGCUGGCGUAUCGUAAAAAAUCAGGAUGGUGCGAGACAUACAUCAAGUGCGAUAGUAGGCGGAUUUAAAAAAAUAUGAAAGAAAGAUAAAUGCUGUGAUAUCCACUAAUGACAAAAACAAAAGCUAACAAAACAAAACAAAAUCGAAGAAGGGAUUCAUUGACAGAAGGACAUUCAGAUACAUUCACAAAAACUACAUUUGAACACGUUUCAUACUAAAAUGGCUAUUUCGUAUGAAUCACAACAAAACAAAUGCGAAUCAAACAGUUCUCGACAAUGAAAGAAUAAAAUGUUAAAUCCUUAUCGAACAAAAACAAAAAUAACAAUAAAAAUAAAUCGCAGGCCCUCCCUCUUUCCAUUAAAUAUAAAACAAUAUGUGAAUAACAGAGAUGCAAUUAUGAGCCACAAUUAAAAUCGAAUACCGAUAAACAAAUAAAAUAAAAUUGAUCUUGUUCCCGUUUCAAGGCAAACCGUUAGCAUCUACCCAUCUUCGGCAAACCAACGCAAGCAGAUGAAGGCAAGGGCGCAAACACAAAAUAAAAAUUGUUUUCUAACAUUAUUAACACCUCAGAGGCAAACAACACAAACAUGAAAAUUCCGCUUCUCGCUGUCCCUGUCAAAAAUCGGGAAAGAAAGUUUGACAAGACAACUCAAUCUUCAACAUUGAAUGUGGCUAAAAGGCUUUAAAUUGUAACCUCCUGCUAAAAUCAGUCACAGUGACAAUGACGCACAAAGUGGCGCAAAUGGUUAAAAAACACUAAACAAAACGACACUCUUUGACCCCUGAUCUUGCGCACAACGUUCGAAUGAUAGAAUGGAAGGGGAACAUGCAAAUGUUACAACAAACGCCCCCAAAACAAUCUAUAACCUGCAAUUAAGCAUAUUUAUACAACAUAUAAACGUUACAGCGUAUGUUAAAACAUAAUGGAACAUGAACCCAUAUUAAACACAAACUAAGGGAAGAAAAUAAGAAACUACCAAACAAAAAUACUCAGCCAGCAAAAUCAAACACCGGAGAAACGGAGAGUAAUGCAAUCAAACGAACAAAGACAAAGCAAAAACUAAAGUAAACAAACAAAAGUGUUUAAACAUGGUACUAAAAUUUGAAACCCAAUUUGUAAUACGAAUAUUUAGCGGCCAAUACUGAAACCUUCCUGUACUUUUAGCACAUUUGCACAACCGAACCCUUCGCCCUCUCCGGUUGCUUCCUCCGAUUAACAUCCUGAAAUACGUCACAUCUUCGUUCGCGGAACAUUUCGAAGGACAAAAUAAAAACAGCACACACAUGCAAACACACAUUGACUUAAAGAAAACUAAAAAUCCAGGCGGAAACUGUUGUUACAUUUUUAUACAUUAAACAAAUAAAAUAAACCAAAUCGAAAAUGAGUAAUACAAACUAGAAACUCUCCUCAAAGAGGUUCCGUUGUUUCAGAGUGUGUGUGUGUGUGUGUGUGUGUGUGUGUGUGUGUGUGUGUGUGUGUGUGUGUGUGUGUGUGUGUGUGUGUGUGUGUGUGUGUGUGUGUGUGUGUGUGUGUGUGUGUGUGUGUGUGUGUGUGUGUGUGUGUGUGUGUGUGUGUGUGUGUGUGUGUGUGUGUGUGUGUGUGUGUGUGUGUAUGUGUGUGUGUAUGUGUGUGUGCAUGCUUGUGUAUACGGUUGAGUGAGUGCAUUGAGUGAGCCCGCCGUGUAGAGAAACCAGAGGAAGAACAAGCAAAAAGUCAUGAUCUGGCAAAGUACCAGAGCCCGGACUCUUAAUAGUACACUCUGUAAGCAACAAAAUGAGUAAAAAUAAAAACAAUGAACAAGUAAGUGUGCGUGUCUGAGAGAGAAAGAGAAAGUGAAAGAGAGAGAGAAAGAUAGUGUGUGUGUUUGAGAGAAAGAGAACUGUUAAAUCAAAACUUUAGUAAGUAAGUGCAUAAAGUGGUACUAUUAUUCUACAGCAAGACCGUGCAGAACCGGAAAUAAACAUUAAGCUAAUGCUCACUACCAACACAUUAAAAGAAUGACAAGAAAAGUAGUAAUAUAUUUGUAAUCACCAGACCGCAUGAUGUGACGCACGAAAAGCAGAUCGGUUAGGGGAAGGGGUAAAGUAACAAUGAUAGUAAUAAACGAUAUUUAAAAGCUAUCGGCAUAAGUAAUGCAACCCUGUCCCUGUCCAUAAAGAAAACGAUCAGGUGAAACUUUCAAACAGGACUAAAGAAACCUGAUCGUUACCGGAGAGGAAAAGAAAAUGGGGAGGUAAAAAUGUGAGAUUAAAAAAAGGGUGCGAUAAUGUAGUUAAACCACUUACCCGCGGUGCAAGCGAUAUAUUUUGCAUUAGGAACAGGCGCGAAUGAUAGCAAUCGUUAUCCGUUAGUAGCACACACACCUGUCAAACCGACUUUCGAAUAGUAAUGUUUGGGGUAAUAAACCACUUACAUAUAUUAUACACUACGUUCUCUGCCUGACCGGUAGCUCACAUGCGAAGGUGCGCAAUAAAGAGAAACAGCGAAGGAUAGAGAGAGAGAGAAUGACUCUCUAGACGUCUCAAAAUGAGGUAAAUAAAAUUUAAAUAAACUACGAUUGUGACGAGUAGUGAUAGAUGAGUACAAUACUAAGAAGAAUGAUGCUAGUAGGGGACGGCAGAUGACGUGCACCGGGCAAUGCGAGCGAAACAGAGUGUAAACACAAUCAUGGCGUAACUGAAAAGACUCCACUCUCUCACCUUUUGUUUUUGUUUUCAAGAUACGAUCUGAAAUUUAACCUAACCAUCCGUACGCGUAAUACGGAGUCACUCACACAGCAGCCGUAGCUAGGGUUUAGGGUGCUAGUCGCGAUCGUUACCAAACAGGCCGGCAACACAGGCCGGCAACAGAAGUCAUAAUACACUCGGCAUCAUCCACAGUGCCACUUAACACGGAUAACACAGCACACAUUUUAACACAUAUACACACACCCACACACACAAACACGGAACUGUGCCGUUAUGGAGGAGUCACUCAAAAGAAGCUAAAACCUAAUAUCUCUUCCUUAAAUGCCAUCAAACCGAACCCCAUUUAACACGUCUCCCUAGUACCAGCACUGCUAAAUGCAUGCGCACUUUUCUUAUUAUGCAUGAUACUAAAUCAUACUAAGCAGGCACUACUGCUACGGGCGAGAAUUGGGUGCGCUAUCGAUUGAAUAAUAACCGGUCUUCCAGUGAUAAAGAAAGCAAAAUAAGGAAAACACUAACACACAGAAAGCGAUAUCAAACUAUCAAAGCAAAAUAAUUAAACACUCAACACACAUACACACACAAACAUGCAUUCAAAUAUUCAGGCUUGCUGAGAUACAGCUGGAUAAAUCCCCGAAGUGUCAAAUGAAUAAUGGGAAACGAUAUAAAAAAAGCCAUUGCCAACAUAAAACAUUGCCAAGGUUCCCUCAAAGGGUAAGGAUUAACAAAAAAAAAUACAAUAAAAACGAAGCGCCAAAGUAGAGCGCCAAACUAAAACGGCGGAAGAAAUGUUUAAAAUCAUAAAUCAUCACUAUAAGACAAGUUACAUAGUUAAUUAUAUAUUAAUCCGGCUUUAAAGUGUUCUUUAAAGGAAGUGCGUCGCCGAACUUCCUCUCCCAAACUACUGUUUUCGGGCACUACUAUUUCCCUAGCGCGCGUGCGCCGUACUUCCUUUUGUGCCCAAUUUUCCCCCAGAAAAUAACCGCAAAGUGUAAGGUUUCGUGCAAGGAUUCGUAUCCUUCGUUCCGAUUCAAACGAAGUAUAACUGCAAAAACUGUUCAUGUUCGUUUCCUUCUACUACGCAUACAAACAAACCAAAAACUACACCUACACGGUUUUUUUGCCACAAUCAAACCUAUUUCGCACAUGUACACAUACCCUAAGGACAACGCCACACACGCACACACAUGUACACAACUUUUCAUACUACGGACACGGCUCUUUUAAUUGAUAAAGAAAUAUAUUUAAAGAAAAAAACAAAUAUACAUAUAUAAAUAAAGAAACGAUCAAAAAGUAAAGCAUAAAUGUCUAAAUCACAUAAAUUAAACACACAGUUAAACGUGUUCGAAUACUUCCGGUUAUCCGGAGUUAUAUGGUGAAGUGUGCUACUAGGUGUAAGGUGAAUCGAGAGGAAGAGUAAGAGUAGAGAGAGAGAGAGAGAGAGAGAGAGAUAGAGGGAUAAUAAGAGUCAAAACAAAACCAAGCCAAAAGCCGAUCGGGUGUACCCCUUAUAAAGCACUCGCCACGGUUAAGCCGGUUUGGGAAAACUAUUCCAACGUAGUGCAAUUACUUCUACUACCACGUCUACUACCACCUCUGCCAAUCCACUUCCUCUCCACAACGGUUCCAUUCCUUCUACUCGAGCACUCCUCCUUCCCGCUUCGUGAGAACACACUCACACAUAUCUUGACACGCAUACUAUUUUUUGUUAGGAAAAUUGGAACGGAAAAGAAUUAGGUAACAACAAAAAAUAGUAAUAAAAAAACGACACACAACACUAAGCAACCAGUUCAUGUGGGAGGUAUCGUUUUGUUGUUGAUUACUAACAAAUCACAAAUCAAGACGCAAAUGAACCUUCCCGAAAGUUGGAUUAGAAUUAAGUUUCAUGAAAUUGUUCGAAGCUGCAUGAAGAAGGACCUUCAAAUGUGCCAGAAUGCAAGACAACAUACGUUCAACAGUCGUAUGUUCCGGCUCGAGCAUGAUGUGUUCGAUGUUGUUACACCAAUGGACGAGUAGGUGUGUGUGAGAGUGUGUAUGUUAACUUUUUACGAUAACAACUAGUACACCUUUAGGAAUACUCACUCCCCGUAUUCUAUCAUUCAAUUAUAGGUUACUAUGAAGCAAUUAGUAAAUUUUAUACUCAUAUAUAAGCACAUGUCCACAUGGCGCAAAUGUGUCCAGAUGAACAAAGCAUCCAAAGUGAGCGAUACCGUGUUGCAUUCCCCCACAUUUCACUCGUUAGUCAAAACAAAUAGUCAAUUCAUUUCUGCAAACCGAUAUCGAAUAAGAAGCUGCCGUCGCACAGAUCGUAAACGGAUGCACUCGGUGUUCGCCGCGCGGCAUGCUGUUACGAUUCUGAGUUACUAACUAAGCCGACAUUAUUCAACUGUAGACGUAAGAGAUUUACUAACACAAUACAGCUGCACACACACACACACACACACACACACACACACACACACACACAUACACACAAUUCAACAAUUACACUAGACACUUCAGUCAAAUGUUCAACUUUGUACGCCCUUUUCCACUGCGGAAAACUAAUAGCGCAUCUGCUACAUAGUGCCAACUGGUUUGCGGCUGUUAAGCAAUGUCGGAGCGAUGUGGAUUGUACACUUUGUUUGGCUCAAUGACUAACGCCUUCAUUACGGUUUCCUUAUGCAAGCUAACUAGAAUUAUUUGUGCCACAUCACUGAAUAGCAUCCCAGGAGUUUAACGCCAAAGCUAUAAAGUUGUUCAUUUUUAUUACUCUCUAUUAGCUUGCUUCAAUAUAUGUGUGAAUGAUUCAAUGAAACUUUUGUCAGUAUAAUACAUUUAAUUUUCCAUUACUAUCUUUUUAGCGCGUUUCAGUAAUACAUAAGACAUUUUUUUUAAUUAGCAGACACGUGUUCCAAUAACAGUUGCUAUGUUUCUCAAUAUUUUGAUGCAGAAUCAGCACAUUUUUUGUAUUGGUUAUUAGAAAAUUAUCGUUUCCAACUUCUUCAACAAAAGACAUUAUUUUAGCCACGCAGCCAGUCACAAAAAGGUGUAGACUAUUGCUAAUCUUAAGGUAUUGUAUGUGACACGUACCACACGUGCUCUUCGUUUUCAGUUGUCAAGGCACUAACCCCCAUAUGGUUCUAAUGCAUUAUAACACAAGCAGACACAUGGACAGGAGCAUCCAGCUAAAUAAGUCUCAAACACUAUUAAACUCUAACCUUAAACCAGUUGCUAAAUCUGUUUUCAAUUAUAUAGUUAAACUUCUGAAAAGUUUGUGAAGUGUUCGAUUGCAAGAAUCCCGAAACCAGUAGGCAAAAACAAAAGUUAUUAGCACAACAGGCACUUACAAUACGGGGAAACUGGCUCACCUCCAAGCGGUAACGUUCACAGCGACAGAGACACACACAUAAACACCGAAUGUUGGAAUAAUUGAAUACUAAAUACUUACCCCCUAAGAAUCGUACACAGUGGGAUGAAUUUUAAAAACUAAUUCGCGAAAGCUGUUCAAGCAUCCAUAAGGAGCCACGCAGUGUUGCAAGCCACGUGGGGAAAAGCGAAAGCGACAGACAUAAAACACUAGUUCACAGAAACACAAACAUACAAACAACACUUUGUACUGGAUGCCUGGCGCUUUACAAAAAUAAAAACACAAAACAACAGCAACUAACCGAAACAGCUAUAAUCACGGUAUGCACUGUGUGGUAAUGAGGAGACUGGCUACACCAUGAAAACUACGCAAAGAAACACAUUCAAAACCAAACGAGGCAAAUGAAAUAAAAGUAAAAUAAUAUACUAUUAUCUGAAGGCAAUUAAAGCAACAGCAAGAACGAUAAAUAAACAUUUUAUAAAAGAGACAACAUAGAAGAGAGUGAGAGAGACCGAGAAAAUGAGAGUGAGAGAGACAGAGAGAGAAAGAGAGAGAAAGAGAAAGAGAAAGAAAGAGAGAAUAAAAGAGAAAGAAACAGAGAGAAGAAGAGAAGGACAGACUUAACUCUCGAAAGAGAUAGAGUGAGCACGAGAGGAGAAGAAUUUGGGUUGAAUGGUGGAAAAGGAAUCAAAACACAGUAGCUAAUUAAACUAAACGAAUACCUUCGGUGCAAUUUCCACGAGGAUGAGAAAAGGACACUCUCGCUCGGCCUUUCCCCUCGAUUUCUCUCUACUUCUCUCUAUCUCUCCCUUUUCUCUCUCUAUAUAUAUAUCUUCCGCUAUCACACUAACACUCGCGAGGAAGGAUGUGAUGGGAUGGGACGAAGGUGUCAGAAGGUAUUAGAGGCCUGGAUAUGAACGGGAAAUGUUCUGUUGGUAAGUGGUGGCGGGCAAAUUUUCAUAGAAUUGCAUUUAGUGAGAGAGCAUAAAUCAAUCAUUGCAUUUUUUGAAAACGUUCAAUAAUGGUUGUAAUGCGAGAUUUGUUAGCAAAAUUACACACAAGCACACACGUACGACACACAUACAAUUUAAAACUGCACGGCGAGAAUAUAAAAGCGGGAAAUUGUAAGCAGAAGAAAAAGUAAAAAAAAUAGUAAGCACCGAAGCGCGGAGUAAAGCCGGCGCCGGAACUGGUCAAAGAGGCAAAUCAAUCUAACGAAAAAAUGUAGUUCUUUCCAACCUUAACAUAAAAAAACGAUCGGAAAAGUAGAAAGAGUGUAGUGCGGCGACGGAAAGGAGUAAAAGUUUCAGGUAUGGUAAGCGUAAAGAAAAGACACUCCAUCGCGCCUGGUAAAGCAACUUGAAAGCAUGAAUAAAGUAAUACUAAACAAUAACAUCAAAAACAAAAACACACACACAAGACCGCGACAACACACGGUUGAAAAUUAUGUUCGAAAUAAAUUAUUCAAAUAAUUUCCAAAAAUCAGUGCUUUUCUCUUGCUUAUCUUAACAUUAAGACCGGGGGACAUUGUCCGUACUCGCUACUGUAAUUUCGAUGUUCACUAGCGCAUCUGGCGACGACCAGUGCAUGCUAGAUGUCGGUAUCAUUUAUGUGUCAAAAUUAUUCAUACUUGGUGUCUCAUCAAGUUUCGACCAGGCUACUUGUAUGCCGUUUGAAAUGUUGAUUAACGUCCAUAAAUUGCAACAAAGUAGACCGUUAAUUGUUGUUGUUGGACAAAUCGGCAUUCAUAAAAAGCGCUGGGCAACAAUUCUCCCCAUCUUCCAACCUCUAUAUAUGAAUUUUAAAACUACUACUACUACAAAUACAUCAUCAUCAUCUCUCUAUACAUCAUUGGGUAAAGUUAUAGCCUCCUCGACCCAAAACGUUUUUUACAGAUAAAUUAUAGCAUCAUUUAGCUUCCACCUGCCGCCGCUAGAUGGCGUACGCGUUCUCAAAAAUUACACUAGCGAGUACGAUCAUUGCACCCCGGCCUUUAAACCUAUAUCCAUCCGAAUUUUCUUCCAGUAUGCAAUUUCAUAGAUCACUCAAAGAACGCAAACGACGAAGCAGAGUUUUUGUUUUUUUAUCUUUUGAUUUUUAGUUACAUUUUUUAUUGUAUCAUAUAUACUUUUCAAAUGUAUUUAAUAUUACACAAUAUUUCCUUGCGUACGACGUUGUGUUGUAUACGCGCUGUUACACUUUUGUUUCGACUUGCUUAUUCAUUUCAUUAGCUUUUCCUAACAUUAACCAUCACACACCGUUUCCAUUUUCACGCUGCUUCUGCACUUGCGCAAUCCUGGAUGUUCUACAGCAACAUGAAGUCAUGAUUUUUCCUUUUUGUUUUCCUUUUUAUUUUGUCUUAUUGUUAUGCUACAUUGUUGCUCUUUCUUCCUCGCUUGCCUCACCACUAAACUGUGCGCCAAUAGUGCAUAGAAAUGUAUGCUGCCCCCACACAUCACCGCCUUCUUAUCUUUUCUUUCUACUAGAUUUCAUUUACGAGUUUCAGAAUUUUUCCUUUUGCCAUAGAUGUUAACGUAUGCAAUCCACUCCGUAAGGGUACGACGAAUGUGUGUAUAUUGUGUAUAGUCUGUCCGCGUCGACGAUGCUAAUCCUGACGAACCGAAACGGCAACGCAGGUAAAAUAAAAACUAUAUAAAAUAAAAUCGACUAUCGUUUUACUAUGGAAUGAAUCAUAAUACAUCGCGACGGAGUGAGCGGAUACACCGAAGCCGAACCUCUUUCGCCUAUGAGAAAUGUCACAUUAUGCGUUUAUGUGCUUACUGACAUUGCACGCAAGGGUAAGACGUUUGUUCUGGCGCCAAGAACUACUAAAAGGAAUAAUAUAACAAAGUACUGAGCAAAAGAAAGUUUGUAAGGAGGACGAUCUUCUUAAGUCCGUCUCCAAAGCAAUGAAAUCUCUCUCCUCUCCUCAGAGUGCCGUAGAACGUACCGUAUUUUUUUAUGUAUGUAACCUGAUUUAUGCAAACCAUCAGCGCUA